AUGGCUUCUUCUACUCUUAUCUGUGAUACCGAACCAUGGAAGGACUUGAAGGCUCAUGUUGAAGAUAUCAAGAAGGUGCAUUUGCGUGAUUUGAUGGCGGACACUGAACGUUGCAUGUCUAUGACAGCUGAAUUUGAUGGAAACCUGCUGGACUAUUCGAGGCAAAGGGCCACCCUUGACACCCUUAAAAAGCUCUCUGCUUUGGCUGAGGCAGCACAUCUUAAGCAGAAGAUUGAUCUUAUGUUCAAAGGGGAAAAGAUAAACAGUACAGAGAAUAGGUCUGUCCUUCAUGUGGCGCUUCGUGCUCCUAGAGAUGCAGUCGUUAAUAGUGAUGGGAAGAAUGUGGUUCCAGAUGUUUGGAAUGUGCUUGAUAAGAUCCAAAAUUUCUCUGAAAGAGUCCGCAAUGGUACCUGGGUCGGAGCCACGGGGAAACCAUUGAAAGAUGUUAUUGCCAUUGGCAUUGGUGGUAGCUUCUUAGGUCCAUUGUUUGUACACACUGCCCUUCAAACAGAUCCGGAGGCCAUUAAAUAUGCAAGUGGACGCCAACUUCGAUUUCUAGCUAAUGUGGAUCCAAUUGAUGUCGCGAGGAAUAUUUCUGGCCUGAACCCUGAAACUACCUUAGUUGUGGUGGUCUCAAAGACAUUUACAACAGCUGAGACUAUGUUGAAUGCUCGGACACUGAGGGAAUGGAUUUCAUCUGCCUUGGGGCCACAGGCAGUGGCAAAGCACAUGGUUGCUGUUAGUACAAACCUUACGCUUGUGGAGAAGUUUGGCAUUGAUCCAGCUAAUGCUUUUGCUUUUUGGGAUUGGGUGGGAGGCCGAUAUAGUGUUUGUAGUGCUGUUGGAGUGUUGCCUCUGUCUCUCCAAUACGGUUUCUCUGUUGUUGAGAAGUUCCUGAAGGGAGCAUGGAGUAUUGAUCAGCAUUUCUAUUCAGCACCUUUUGAAACAAAUAUUCCAGUUCUACUAGGGUUGUUGAGCGUAUGGAAUGUUUCAUUCCUUGGAUACCCAGCAAGAGCCAUUUUACCUUACUCUCAAGCGCUGGAAAAAUUUGCACCCCACAUUCAACAGGUCAGCAUGGAGAGUAAUGGCAAGGGAGUAUCCAUUGAUGGUGUGCCACUUCCAUAUGAGACUGGUGAAAUUGAUUUCGGUGAACCUGGGACAAAUGGUCAACACAGCUUUUACCAAUUAAUUCAUCAGGGUCGUGUCAUUCCUUGUGAUUUUAUUGGUGUUGUCAAAAGUCAACAACCGGUAUACUUGCAGGGUGAAGUGGUGAGUAAUCAUGACGAGCUUAUGUCGAACUUCUUUGCACAACCUGAUGCCCUUGCAUAUGGAAAGACGCCAGAACAGUUGCUGAUGGAAAAUGUACCCGAGCAUCUUGUUUCCCACAAGACUUUUACCGGAAAUCGACCUUCAAUCAGCCUUCUUCUUCCCUCUCUGAAUGCUUACAAUAUUGGGCAGUUAUUGGCCAUCUAUGAACACAGGAUUGCUGUAGAAGGCUUCAUAUGGGGUAUUAAUUCAUUUGACCAGUGGGGAGUGGAGUUGGGAAAGUCUCUCGCCUCUCAAGUCAGAAAACAACUCCAUGCUUCCCGCAGGAAAGGAGAAUCAAUCCAGGGUUUCAAUUUCAGUACUACCACGCUGCUUUCAAAAUACCUCAAAGCAAGUUCUGAUGUUCCAUCUGACCCGUCCACUGUGCUACCAAAGAUGUAA